AUGGAGGCGGGCUCGGCGGUGGGAGAGAGCACGGACGCGAUAGUGAUGGAGGAUUCUCCCUCAGAGGAGAAGGAGAUCCAGGAGAUCCGCCAGAGCGACGUCCCGGUGGUCUCUCUGUGCCCCCCCGGCGAGGACCAGCUGACGGUGGUCCAGUCCGAAGGGGAGCUGUGUGACAGCUGCAGCAGCCUGGGCCGACCCUCGUCCUCCGUCCAGCUGUACCACCAGGUCCCCCAGAGUCCUCUGCUCGGGGCUUUCGGUUCGGCUCAGCUCCCAAAGUGUCACCGCUGCAGCCACCGAGGCCUCGCCCACCAGAACUCCUCCCGCCACCCCAACCCCGCCGGGGCCCGCGGCGAGGGGGCCGCGGGGCCGAGAGCCGGCCCCGGCUGCAGCUCCACGGUUCGAUGCCACUGGCUGCACGGCUCCAGCGAGGGCAGCGCAAACAAACCCAAGCAGAGACACGUGGUGACGGUCAGGAACGGAGGACUCUACUUCAUCCUCAGGAAGUUUCUGUUCGGCAGCUAUUCCCAGCUGAUCGUGGAUCAUCCGCUCGCCGUCCUGCUGGCCUGCGCCGUCCUGCUGCUGGGCUGCUCGCUGGCCGGACUGCUCAUCGGGCCGCUGCCCGACUUCUCCGACCCGCUGCAGGGCUUCCAGCCCCGGGGAACCCACAUCGGCGUCCGUCAGUCCAGCCUGUCCGAGCUGCAGAGGAACACCGGCCCGGGGAAAGCUCUGUCUCCUUUACCUGAGCAGCUCGCCAAAAGGUUUGGCUCGGCCGGCAGCAGAGACGGCAGCGGCGGUCAGGACGUCUCCAGAGUUCGUAACAGGAGGAUGUUGGCCAGAGACUCCUCGCUCAACAACUUCCUGUGCGACGCCCCAGGCGAGCGCUUGGCACAGCUGGUGUUUCGGUCGGAGAACUCGGCCAGCCUCUGGAGCCUGAAGGCCAUUCACGCCAUGUGUGAGAUGGAGCAGUCCAGGAUCCGCUCCCAGGCCCAGUUCCAGGACUUGUGCCAGCAGCAUGUGAGGGUGGAGGCUGACGGAGCGUCCAGGAGUGGCUGCUGUCCCAGCUGGUCAUUGGGGAAUUACUUGGCGGUCCUCACAAAUGCCUCCUGCUGCCUCAGUCUCACCUCACAGCAAGUGUCAGAGUCUCUGAACCUCCUGAGGAAGUGUGCCCCUCACUAUCACGAGGGCCAGCUGGUGGAGAGCUGCGUGGACAGACCCAAACACGGCGGCUGCUCCUCCGUUCCCUCCCGCUGCAAGCAGUCCCGCCUGGUCGUCCAGAUCCUGCACUUCCUGGUCGAUAAGGACUUCCUGGGUCCGCAGACCGUCGAGUACCAAAUCCCGACGCUCAAGUACAGCCUCCUCUUCCUCCCGGUCGAUAAAGGAGAGCACAUGAUGGAGAUUUACAUGGACAGUCUGGAAGGGAGGGAUCUCACCUUCAACAACACCACCAUUACCGGCAUCGACUUCGGCAUCAAGCAGACGCUGUUCAAGUAUUACCUGCGGAGAGACUCGGUCUACCCUGUUUUGGCCGUCCUGGCUCUUCUCUUCACCAUGGCUCUAUACCUCCACUCUCUCUUCAUUGUAGCGCUGUCCAUCGUAGCGAUCGCAGGUUCCCUGCUGACCUCCUACUUCUUCUACAAGGUGGUGUUUCGCCUGACUUUCUUCCCCAUGGUGAACCUCGCCGCGGGCCUCAUUCUCCUGGGAGGAUGCUCCAAUCAGGUUUUCAUCUUCGCCGACUUCUGGAACCAGCAGCUGACGCAGAACCCGUCGGCCUCCCUGGAGAAGCGGGUCUACAGAGCCCUGCAGGAAGUGGGCUAUCUGAUCCUGGCGUCGGGGUUGACGUCCAGCGCGGCAUUUUUCUCCGGCUAUCUCAGCAGCAUCACGGCCAUCAGAUGCUUCUCUGUGUAUCUGGGAACGGCGUCUUUCAUCAGCUCCAUCCUGGCGUUGGUGUGGCUGCCGUGCGCCUUCAUCCUGCGUGAGCGCCGCACCAGGACGUCGGCCGCCUCCGCCGCCGUGCACGGGUGGAGACCCUGCUGCUCCAAGAGUACCGGAGGCUUCUGGGACACGAGCUCACGCAAAAGAUGCCUCUUCAGUCUGGGUCAGAAGCUGCGAGAACUGAAACGGGGUCUGAGCGACACCUCCAGUUUAUUGUUCCUGAAGAUCCUGCCCUGCGGCGUGGUGAAGUUCCGGUACAUCUGGGUGUGCUGGUUCGCCGUGCUUGCCGUCGGAGGCACGUACAUGGCGUGCGUUGACCCCGGCAUGAGGCUGCCCACUCUCGACAGCUCGGUCGCACAGCUGUUCCGCUCCAGUCACCCGUUCGAGAGAUAUGACGCAGAGUACCGUCACAUGUUCAUGUUUGAAAGACAGAGAAACGGCGAGGAUAAGCCCGUCACAGUCACGCUCGUCUGGGGCGUCAAGCCAACUGAUAACGGGGAUCAUUUUGACCCAAGAAGCAACGGCUCUUUAGUUCUUGACCCGGAGUUCAACAUGAGCCGUCCGGACGCUCAGGUUUGGCUGAGAGAUCUGUGCGGACGGGUUCAGAAUCAGAGCUUUUAUUCCCCUUCGGCGCCCGAGGAUAAAGACGCCAUGGGAGAAAACGUCUGCCUCGUGGAGCAGCUGAUUCGCUGGAUAUCUGUCAGAAGGUGCUCGGAGACGGACGACGCCCUCCACUUCUGCUGUAACGACAUCCCCUUCCCCUACCCGCCCAGUGUGUUUGAGAACUGCCUCGGCACGAUGCUGGCGGAGAGGUAUGCCGAGGGCCAUCUGGCUCACAGCGGAGGGCUGUACUUCCAGCCAGAUGGCCGGGUCGCUGCCCUCGUUCUGGCGUUCAAAACCACAUACCUCUACAGCUUCAACUUCAGCAGAACCAGCGUCUUUUACCAAAAGAUCGUUACGUGGUUCAACAAAGAAAUGUCGGGAGCACCUCAAGGGCUGACCAACGGCUGGUUCAACAGCCAGCUGUCCCUCUUUGAUCUGCAGCAGUCUUUAGGCUCGGAAACUCUGGUGGUAGCAGGUUUCUCCGUAGCUCUCACCUUUGUUUUGCUUCUUUUAACCACCUGGAAUGUUCCGCUGAGCAUAUAUGGGACGGUGGCCGUGGAAGGCAGCGUGUUCGUCACCAUCGGCCUCCUCGUUCUUCUGGAAUGGCAGCUGAGCGGCAUUGAGGCUCUUUUCAUAUCAUCGGCCGCGGGGUUAUCCAUCGACUUCAUAGCAAACUACUGCAUAUCGUACAGCCUUGCUCCUCAUUCAGACAAAAUAGGAAAAGUAGCGCACGCCACUAAGAGGAUGGGAUGUCCUGUAGCAAUAGUUUCUGGGGCAUUUUUCUCCAUAGGCAUCAUCAUGUUACCUGCCACUGCCUUACUGUUCAGGAAGUUUGGGAUUUUCCUGUUUCUGGUGAAGUGUGUAGCUUGUGGAUUUGCGACUUUCUUCUUUCAAUCCCUCUGCUGUUUCUUUGGACCUCAGAAAAACUGUGGAACGGUGACGCUGCCGUGCUGUGCCGACCAGACAGAAGGGAUGCUGGCUUCUUGUUCCGACUCCGGCUCUUCGUCAGCCGCCAACGGCGCGUUUGGCAGAUCCCGGGUGAGGAGGAGCUAUGACAAAGAUGCAGAAGGUUACCUUUACCCCAAUCACCAGCGUCAGCACAGGCAGAAGCAGGGCGGGGGAGGCGGCGGGGGGAACCGGGGGCCUGAGCACUAUGAGCUGCAGCCUUUGGCGUACCGCCUGAGCGACAGCUUCGAGAACAGCACCUGCACCAGCAAACUGUCCAACCGGCCCUCGGUGCUCUCUGAUGAGAUUUACUGCGAGGGAGACGCCGGCGGGAGCAGCAUGAACGGCGAAGCCGAGGCUGAAAUGUGCAGCCAUCAGCACAAGUCCUGCCAGCCCCCUCCCGCCAUCCAGACUUCGUCUCCGUACAGGGAGAACACGCUCCGGCCCGGAGACGCAGCCGAGGACCAGCUGCUGUGUCAGACCUGCAGGGGUCAGCCGGCCGGGGGGACGCUCUGGACCAACACGUCCUGCUCCUCGUCCUCCAGCAUGGACGAGGCCGGCGUCGGCCACGCCCUGCAGACCGCCGACCGGCCAUCGCUCUGCAGAGACCGGAUCGCCACAGAGGAGGGUCUCGGUCACGGCCGGCGCUCCCACAAAGCCAACCUGUCCUCCCAGUCCCACAGCUCCCUGGAGGGCCUGGAGGACUCCUGCGAAACCUGCCUGAGCGACAUCGAGCCGGGCCCGUCCGGCAAAGAGCCAGAGGCUCAACUACAGCCGGGACACCUCAACGGCAAGAGGGACACGCUCCGCCUCUCGCUGAAGGAAACCGUGUACGAGACGUGCGGGAAAGGCCGCAGCAGCCAGAGCGAGGAGGUGGUGAUCAUCCCCAACAGCAAGCCGGACCUACCGGACGUCUGGAUCAAGAGAGACGGGCAGCGGGACGACGCAUGCUGAGGCUCCGAAAAACACUGUGCAU